CACAGCGUGUCUACUUCUCAUUCUCAGUGUAGUAACGGUCGUGAGCUUUACGUUGUUGUUUAUAAGCUAAUAAAUCGAAUAAUAAUAAUAAACGUCGUUAUUAUUUUGUCGUUUUAAAUUUUUUUAACUUAAAGUUAUUCUUUAAAUUUCAAUUGUCAAAAACCUUAUCAGUGCAUCUGUGUUUAAACUUUUUAAAUUAAAUCUUCUGUUUGUUUUCGUGUUUGACUUUUUUUUUUUUGUUGACCUUGAUAGUGAACUUUGUCAAUUUAAAUUUCGUUCUUUAAAAUCCAUAUUUAAAAAUAAUUAAAAAAAAAAAACAUUUCCCGCGUUUUUUAAAAUUUGAAUUUAAAAUUUGUGAGUUUUUAAAAUUAAAUGUAUACAAGUGUUUGUAGUUGUGUGUCAGUACAUAUCAGACUGUGUUGAACAUUGACAGCGUGCCGAACAAUGCGUGCAAUUUAAAAAAAAUAAAGCGCGCGAAAUAAAUAAAAAUUUAAAUUUGAAUUUUUUUUUUUUUUUUUCGUAUUUUUUUUUAUCUUCCGGAGUAAUAAAGAUAAAAAGUGAGUUGUGGUAUUGAAUAAGUCGAGGUCAAGGUUGACAUGGCACCAAGAAGACACGCGGGUGGUAGCCAUGGUCUGCUGGAGAUGGCCGGUAAUCACGACAUGCCAAUGGACAAUUUGGUAAGUCAUCAGCAGUCAAUUACUGGGUCUAGUACCAGCAGCAACAGCAGUACCAACAGCAAUAAUAAUAACAGUAAUAUCAAUAAUAAUGGAGUGACACAUUGCUGUGCUCCAAGUGGUGAAUGUUUGCGUGCAGACGCACUCAUAAGAUUUAAUUCUCUGCAAGACGCAGUUAAAGUUAUUUGUAAUAAUGAAACUUGUCCAAUGGGUCAGUAUAUGCACCGCGAGUGUUUCGACGCGUGGGAACAGACACUGCUGACUUAUUUAAAAAACUGCGGUCGCGCACGCAGUUGGUCUGAGAGACAGCGUCACCAAAACUUGUGGACCAAAAAGGGCUAUGACUUGGCCUUCAAGGCCUGCGGCUGCCGAUGUGGAAGAGGACAUUUGAAAAAAGAUCUGGACUGGAUCCCGCCAACGGGCUUUGGUAAUUUGACGGGAAAUAGGACCGAGGAAAUGGAGACCAAGAAGAAGAAGAGACGCAAUAGGCAGAAUACUAGGCCCAGUUUGGCCGUUUCUGCGGGUCCACCUGCUGUCAAUUACAAUGGACAUGUUGGAGCUGGUGCUAAUGGAGGCACGGGUGCUGGAGGAACUCGCGGUGGCACAGUAAGUGAGAUACAGAUGAUUGAAAGCCUUCGUGGACGAGCUGGUUCAUUGUCAUCUAGCAAUGGUUCAAGUUCACCUCCGGCUAGCAGCGAACCCAGCAUCAGUCCGCUUCAUCAACCCCAGGCUAUUGUCAAGAAAAAGACAAAGGUUGACUUUUUCGGCGAAACGAGAAUUCGACAAAGUUGCGGUGCCAAUGGAAUUUUUUCACGUCGUCUGGACUUCAGUGCUUUUAACAGUCUACCCAGGACUAAACUUAACUCCUAUCAUAUCAAGAUGGAAGACGAAGGGAAUCAUGGUAAUGAUGAUACACGAUGUUUCAUAUUGUCGACACUUGCUGCCCUGCAGUGGUCGCGUGUGUCCUGCGUCCUUUGCCGUGGGGCAAUGCUAGUCUUCGAUAGGUAUCCUCUUGUCGAUGGUACCUUUUUUUUAUCGCCACGGCAACACUCACCGUCAUGUGCUGAGGUUAAGGUAGAAGGACGCACACAAUACUUAUCAGCAGUUUGUAUGACUUGUCUUGAGGGCUGUGGUAAUGCGCCAGUACGUUGCCGUGCUUGUACUGUACAAUGGGAUGGAUCAAGUCUUGUUCUUGGGACCAUGUAUAGUUAUGAUAUUUUUGCUGCCAUGCCAUGUUGUACUGAACGCCUUAAAUGUAACAGCUGCCAAAAGCCAUUAAUUUACCCACAUCAACGAUUGAACUUCUACUCGGACUACAGUCGAGUGUUCGCAUGUCCACAUUGCCGUGUUGUCGAUGCUCACUUCGUAAAACCUCUUUUGACUUGUUUUACUCGUGAACAAUUUCAACUCUACAGUCAGUGGCCAUAACCACUAGGUAACUUCUUAGACGAAAACACCAAUAUUAUGAAUAAUAAACAUAAUUACAAAAGUAAUAAUAGUAACAGUAAUACUAUAACUAAUAAUAAUAGGACUAGUAAUAAUUAUAAUAAUAAGAAUAAUAAUAAUAAUAUUAUUAAUGAUAAAAAUAAAAACAAUGAAAAUAAUUUAGUAGCCAAGGAGAUUAAUUUUAUAAAAUUCGCCGAACAUUUACCGCCGGGUAUUUUUGAGGAAUUUACAAAUAUUAAUAUCGAUAAUUACAAAAAUAUUAUAAAUAAUAUUUAUAAUAAUAACAAUAGUUUCAUUUAAUUUGAUAUUAUAUAUAUACAUAUAUAUCUUUUUUUUUGGCUCUUAUUUUAAAAUACCCGCGUAAUUAAUUUUAAUAGCAAUACACACCGUCUCAUUUAUUAGUCGAAUUAUAAAUUAAAUUUGAAAAAUUAAUUAAUUAUUGUAAUUAGAAAAAAAAAUAGUUAAUAAGCAAUACAAAAGGCAUCAUUUGCAUUUCUACGUGUAACGACAAAGUAAUAAUAAUAAUAAUGAUUAAAAAAAAAAAUAAUAAUGAUAAACCAACUUUUGUUAAUAAGGGGGAAAGAAAUACUAUUGUUUGUUACUUAGAUAAUCGAUAAACGUUGUUUUUCAUUUUUGAACAUUUUAUUAGUUUAUAUGAUGAAUUAUGAUAAUGAUUUAUUAAAUAAUAAUAAUAGUAAUAAUAAUAAUGGGUGGUUUAAAUAAUUAUUAUUAUUAUAAUAUAAUAUUAGGCGGCCGUAGAUUUUUUUUUUGGAUAUGAGAAAACGCUCUUGUAUAUUUUUGACAAAUCGCCGAUUUUUUUUAUUUAUUUAGAAAAUUUCAUUUAUUA